CUCUCUCUCUCUCUCUCUCUCUCUCUCUCUCUCUCUCUCUCUCUCUCUCGCCAUGUUGUUGGAUUAAAUCUGUCGCGUCACUUUGUAUGACUGAAAGAAAACUCUCUGCUCGUCGCUUUUUAAAAGUUUGAACAUGUCGAAUGUGUCUUUCCAUAUCUCCAACCUGCUGGAGAAAAUGACGUCAACGGACAAAGACUUCAGGUUUAUGGCGACCAACGACCUGAUGCUGGAGCUGCAGAAGGACAGCAUCAAGCUGGACGAGGACAGCGAGAGGAAGGUGGUGACCAUGCUGCUCAAACUGCUGGAGGACAAAAACGGGGAGGUGCAGAACCUGGCUGUGAAAUGCCUGGCUCCUCUGGUGAGCAAAGUGAAGGAGCCUCAGGUGGAGACGAUGGUGGACACGCUGUGCUCUAACAUGAUGUCGGACAAAGAGCCGCUGAGGGACAUUUCCAGCAUGGGACUGAAGACGGUGAUCGCAGAGCUGCCGCUGUCCUCGUCAGGUUUGACGCUGACCAUCAGUGUGUGUAAGAAAAUCACCUCCCAGCUGAUCGGCGCCAUGGGGAAACAGGAAGACGUGUCCGUUCAGCUGGAGGCCCUGGACAUCCUGUCGGACAUGUUGGGAAGGCUGAGUGGUGCUCUGGUCAGUUUUCACAGCUCUCUGCUCGCCAGCCUGCUGCCUCAGUUGACCAGCUCCAGGAUGGCGGUCAGGAAGCGCUCCAUCUUGGCUCUGGGUCAGCUGGUGCCCUGCUGUAGCCCCGCCCUCUUCUCCCAGCUGACUGAACACCUGUUGACGGAGUUAUCCAAAGCCCCGCCCACCUCGAUGACGAGGACGUACAUCCAGUGCCUGGCAACCGUCAGCCGUCAGGGCGGCCAUCGAGUCGGUGAACAUUUAGAGAAGUUGAUCCCCAUGGUUGUAAAGUUCACCAGCGUGGAGGACGACGAGCUGAGGGAGUACUGCUUCCAGGCCUUUGAAGCUUUUAUACGCAGGUGUCCAAAGGAGAUGUCACCUCACGUUUCCACGGUAACACAGCUUUGUCUCAAGUUCAUGACCUUUGACCCGAACUAUAAUUAUGACGAGGCGGAGGAGGAUGAAGACAGCAUGGACAUCGAGGACGGUUUUGAUGAAGAGUCGGACGACGAGUACAGCGACGACGACGACAUGAGCUGGAAGGUGCGGCGCUCCUCCAUCAAAUGUCUGGAGGCGUUGAUCAGCACUCGCAGAGACCUCCUGCUCUCCUUCUACUCCUCCGUCUGCCCCGCCCUGCUCGCCCGCUUCAAGGAGCGAGAGGAGAACGUGAGGGCCGACGUGUUCGCCGCCUUCUCCGCGCUGCUGAGGCAGACGCGAGCGGGAUCCGGUCACCGUGGCAACCUCAUAGCCGCCUCAGACUCCGGAGUGAGCGGGGAGGAGGAGGAGCCAGCGGUCGCAAUGUUGAAGAAACAGGUGGUGGUGAUAGUGAAGGCUCUGCACAGACAGCUGAAGGAGAAGAGCAUCAAAUCUCGUCAGGGCUGUUUCUGUCUCCUCACUGAGCUCACUCACACCGUACCAGGAGCCCUGGAGCCACACAUACCUGCACUGAUCCCAGGCAUCGUCUUCUCGCUGACAGACAAGUCGACGUCCUCCACCAUGAGGAUCGACGCUCUCUCCUUCUUCCACGUCCUCCUCCUCACUCACCCUCCUCAGACCUUUCAGACGCACAUGCAGGUGCUGCUGCCCCCGGUGGUGGCGUGUGUGGAGGACACGUUCUAUAAGAUCACGUCUGAGGCUCUGCUGGUCACCCAGCAGCUGGUCAGAGUGAUGAGGCCGCAGGGACAGAACGCCACGGCGGCGGGAGGAUUCGACCCCAAACCGUUCGUCAGAGAGGUGUUUUCUGUGACCAUGAAGAGGCUGAAAGCGACAGACAUCGACCAGGAAGUGAAAGAGAGGGCGAUAUCCUGUAUGGGUCACAUGGUGUGUCACCUUGGCGACCACCUGGGGGCGGAGAUGCAGGGCGUCUUGGCGAUCUUCCUGGAGUGGUUAAAGAAUGAGAUCACGAGACUGACAGCAGUGAAGACCAUC